UAUUAAAACCUUACUUCUGUCAGUCUUCUUUUUAUUGUAUCAUUAGGGCCUGUUUCCACCAAUGGCUUUUUUCCCCAUUGUCAGUGCCCACAGCCUCAAUUUCAGAGCACUUCUCACCAACGUUCACUAUUGCUAGGUUAUGAAAGUUGGUUUAGUUCCUGGUGUAGUUUCUUCUCUGUUUGGACCUCUACCAUUAUCGUUGAAAAAGCUUCUAUCAGAAGUCCCGCCCCUGCUUGAUUUUGAUUGGUCAGUGAUAGAGAAGUAAUGCUGAGGAACACAGCAGUUGUCCAAAAGUUGUACUUAUUUCACCUGGUAUAGCGUUGAAUUAAAUAAAAAAGGCUGGCACUGAGUGCUUAAAAUGCUGGACUGCAUUGGUUUUGUGCAGAAAAAAGGCCCUGCUAGAUCAAUCACUGUUAGUGGACACAGGCCUUAAGCAUUCAUAUCACUCUGUAUCUCUAUAACUGGCAUCGUAAUCUCACACUUUGUCAAACCAAACUUAACAAUAGUUUCCCCUCAUUCAACAUCUCUUUGAGUUCAUUAAUCUUCAAUAAAGCAUAUUGGGAAAUAACCCAAGAGCAACAGUUUAAUCAUCAAAACACUACUGACUCAGAUUUCGUUAAACCUACUUGGCACACACUCAGUCAUUUCCUUGUUAUCCAGUCGAGUUCUUUCCCAGAAAAAUAAGACCCCAGACAUUUGACUCACGCAGAUAAACACUGAAACUUUGAGUUGCAGAAUUUACCUCAUUGUUAUCAAGUGUCCUGAAUACACAAUCACCAUGUCGGACUUCUCGCUUAUCGUCCGUCGUGUUUUUCUGGUGAUGGGAAGGCAGACUCCCCAUGCCCUCAUUCAGAGUUCCCUGUAGGGGGUCAAGGUCCAUUACAAUAGCCAAACAUCACCCUGCCCGUUGUUUUUGUUAGCCCCUAAUUACAAGACCCUCAGCAAUGUUGAUUGUGGCGGUGAGCACAUUCAUUACGAGCGUCAUUAGCAGAGUCAUUAACACCGGGGGAGCAUGUUAAGGGGCGUAUGGAGACAGUUAUCUGCUGUUUGCUUGGGUAAAUACGGGGUGGGAUAUCUUGCAGUAGGUGCUGCGAAGAUUGGAGCAGUGUGUUGGGGAUAGAAAGGUGGAGGAGGCUAAAAAAUAAAGGUUGAGUGAUUAAAGACUGAGGAUUCACAAGGGGAGGAUAUUUUUUUUGACAGUCUUCAAAUGUUCUUGCCAAAAAGUUACAAAUUAUAAACAGAAUUACUCCCAGUCUAACUGGCAAAGAAUCAUUAAACAUUAAAAUGUACGAUUUGUUGUUGCUCAGAUAAGAUAAAGCUGACAUAGAUGCAGUUUCAUCACCCUCUUACAGCUUGUACACCCCUUACUGUACCACUAAACUCUUAAAGAACACAAACCAGAAUAUAAUGGUUAUCAGAUGGUCCCUUAAUCACAAUACAAUACUUAUUUACGGAUUGCUAAUUGAUCCACUUUCUGCUAUUGUGCCCACUAAUUGACCACCAAUUACGUCAUUAGUCUGUGUUAGCCUGUUUUGAUAAGGCCUUAACUACCUGAGAUAUCUACGUUACCAAUCUGUGCUGUCUGCAACUGAGAAUAUGUAAAUCACAGGCAUGUUAGUCUGAGUGAAAAUAGUGAAUGUUAAUUAAACUGUGCAGGAUAAUGGGUUGUGAAAGUACUCAGAAAGUUUAAGGUAAUAUAGAAGUUCCUUAAAUGUUCUAUCUCAGUUGGAGAACCUCUCCAGUAUGACCAACAUGCCUCCACAAAGAGAACUUAGUCUAGUACCAGAUCUACUACAGGACAUUUUCUGUGUCUUUGCACAUUCUCACCUACUUUAAAGGUUCCCUUAGACAUCUGAGAGACUGCAUAUGGAGGAGGGCUCAUCUGUAAUGAUGUGUCUUUUCAGUGAUAAGAAUACAUCAUAUGUCUGGGCAUAUUUGUAGAAGUAUGUCACAGGAGGAUGGAAAGCAGAAUACAGACAAAGAGCUGAACUAGCUCUACCAAAUAGAGGUAUGAUCAUGACAAGGGUGGAAAAACUGGAUGAUUAGGAAUGUUCCAAAGCGACUGAUUUCCAAGUCAUUUAAAACAAACCUUUAAUAGUCUACAGUCUAAAUUGGGAAGAGCUUACCUGACAAAGCUAAGGACAGGAUCCCAGGUAAACAAUGUGGCUAACAUUAGCAGAGCUAGCACCACCAGCCUUCAGUCUUCCUUGCAGGUUAAUGUCCAUGUGCCUGUGGUGUUGUUGGUGGGCACAGCCUGGAUCAAAAUACGGACAAACCCUGCUAUACUGCAAGAUUUUAUCUGAGCAUGUUUACAUCCGGGUAGUAGAGCAUCGUAGCGUUAAAGCAGCACUCGUUAACUGAAGCUACAGCCCUGAGACACCUUUAAUUAUUAAGUUGACUCAAUGCACACAUCCCCAAUGACUUUUUAAUAUUUUCAUCUACGUCAUCGUUCAUAUAAAGAUGAUUGGAUGUUAACUUUACAUGCCCAACUGUGAAGGAUGACACGAAACAGUGUGAGGCAGAGCAGUGCCAAUCCAGUCUCCAAAGCUGUCUGCUCUUGUUAUUGCUUUUAAUGAAGUUGGUUCAAGAACCAGACGGAGGUUGUGUUACAUUACAAGCUGCUCGUCUUGUGUUCGUUAUGAUUGGCUCUUGAGUUGAAGGUGCAGGAGAGAGUAUUUUUGUAAGGUUUUAACUUGUGGAUUUAUCACUCAAAUCAGCCGUGGAAUCCUGAGUUUUCAUUUGACUUCUCGUAUGGGCCUGACUUUCUGAAAUCUACUUACUUUUUAUUUCAUUUUUAGAUGAAAAGGACGCCAUAAAUUACAGCUGCUGAAAUAUGGUGAAAGAAACUCCUACUGAUUCCACUGUACUUCACUAAGCACUUCACAUGAGCAGCCUGUUGUUUUCUUUGGACUAAACUAAUGGCAUAUUGCAACAUAAUUUAAAUCAAACAACCACACAACUUUAACUCAUCACAUUUAUCUCAUUCUGUUUUCAUACCACAGAUGUCAGCAGUGUUUUGUUGUUCUCAUUCAGUCUUUCCUGGAAAGUAAAAAAAAAACCAAGAAAAUUCUCACAAAAAUGUGCAAAAAUGAUUAUUUUUGCUCCUCCAGCAUUUUGGCUCCCCUGCACUCAUUCCCCCCGUCUCCCCCCUGAGAACUAAUGGCUGAUGGUAAUUACAUUUAAUGAGAUCAUGGGGUCGUCUGCAGGGUGCACUUGUGCAAAUUGCUCUCAGCGUGGGGUCUGAAGUGGGAUAGCGUGGAGGCCAACAGGGCAGUCGAGGUCUGUGUUUGCCCGGUGUUUUGGGGGCCAGGAGUGUCACUCAGCGAGUGGAGAAAACAUGUCAUGCAUUUGUCUGCCUUUGUCCUCCUCAUUUGUUAGUCUGGCAGAGAUAACGUCACAGAGGUGGUGCUUGUCUCAGCUCUAUUGUGAGAAGCUGUUGUCAGCCCAUCACGUCCAUCCAUCCCCUCCCCUCCCCGCCCCAUCUCCCCCCCUCCUUUCCCUUCUUUCUCCAUGCUCCACGACUGGUCAUUUCGGCACUAUUUUCUAUCUGCGGGGGGCGACCCGGGCAAUUUAGUUAAUCCAUUAACAACUAAUUGUCUCCUCCUACCCUGUUGCUUGGACAAACAGCCAGGUAGAGGGGGAGUAAAACCCCUGUUACCUAUAUAAGUCAUGCUGGGACAGGAGGCAGCCACUGUCACUGCGUGGAUCACUGCUGUCCUGACCCUCUGGAGCUUUAACACUUUGGAUCUUUAUUCUGCUCAGAGUCAGAGACACCUCACCUUUCUUUUGUGUUAGGUCACCUCGUCUUCGUUACAGCCUUUCACUCCCUCUUGCUCUUAUUUUUGUUGAUUUGUUUUCUUGUGGUUUGCGGACAUGUUGGGGAAUCUGUGCAUGCUCUGCCUGUUUCUCUGCUUCUCAAUGGCUGAAGCUCGUAUUUGGGCCUGGAUGCUCAACAUGCCUCACAGCCCUCCCAAAGAAGGAGCAAAGGCACUUAGUGAGAACACUUCUGUCGACAAACCAAUCACGGCUGCAUGUGAUCACGACAGGGCCUGUGGGCGGGGUUUCUCCUGCGACCGUCACUUUGGCCUCUGUGUUCCUCUGCGAGGGGAGGGCCACUACUGUCGCAGGGACGCUCAGUGUGUCCGCGGACUCAGCUGCAUGUUUGGAAAGUGCCACCGAAGCAUCCCUAACGGACAAGAGGGUGCCAGAUGUAAAGUUGACAGAGAUUGCGGUGCGUCCAUGUGCUGCGCCCGGCACCACGGUGAACAGGUGUGCAAGAGACGGCUGCUCCGUGGCGAGAGCUGCUACGUUCCUGAUGGUGGUCUUGCCUUCAGCAUUAACCAGAUUUGUCCGUGUGAUGAGGGGCUACUGUGCCGAGGGAACAGUGCAACACACCAGAGAGAGAGAGAUUUUACCUAUCAUCCAGAACAACCAGACUGGACCUGCCAAGUGCCCAAAGCCUGAUGCAGACCUCAAUAUUAAAUCUAUUUAUUAUGUAAAUAUGUUGUAUAUUAUUGUACAUUAAACAUAUGUACUAUAUACCAAAUGUUAUAUUUCCACGUGUUCAUGUUAGAGUUUUAUAGCAACAAUGUUUUUUAAUAUUUCAUCUUUAAAUUUUGUUGAAAGCACUAUUGUGUUAUGUGUGAUGCCUCUGUGUGAUUUGUCUAUAUUUGUCUA